GUGUGCGGCUGUGGUGUGUGCGCUCGCGUCUCGGAUCAACUGUAUAACAGGGCGGUCGGUCGGGUGGAUCUCUUCCGUUUCGAAGGAAGAGACACUCUGCGAAAGUGAAGUGAUUGAAAAGUGUAUUUGCUAUACGGUUGCAGCUGAAUAAAAUUGUGGCCCGUGUAAUCAAUAUUCGAAGAAUGCUACAGAAUUUUGCCAGUGGUGAAAUAGGCCAGAGAAAUAUAUUCAAAUAAUAAUAGGAAAAUUAUGCAUACCAAGUGAUAAAUUAUAGGGCAGUGGCGAAACGGUCGUAACCCGAACGCGUUAACAAGGAGUAUAAGUGCAUUCGUGGGAAGGAGUUGAAGUGGUAAACAGAAUAUAUACACGGAGCCGAAACGGCGAGGGAGUGCUGCCGUUUGGUGGAAAGAUAUUUACAGAUCAUUCAAGGCAAAGGUGCGACUGGCGGCGCAGCCUCUCCCGGAAAACGGCGUAGAUUAGUAUCUUGUGCUCUUGUGCAGUGCUAGUCGGUGCAUACCUCGGACGGAGACAAUUGCUGCAGCAGCGAUGGAAAAAUGAAUGCUCAAGUCGAGCAUAUCAUUCGAGGCGAAUGCAUCAGCUUCAGCUUCAGCCAGCGGGACAGACCAAGUCGGCACUAGCCAUCAACGUCAUCAUCAUCGCCACAAGUUGCAGCACUAAGUGCUGAGCCAGAAGCAAACACCCCUCAGGGACAUCACCAUGUCCGGCGGCAAGGAUCGACGAUCGCGGGCUAGCAAAACCCAGGGCUGGGAGGAAGCCGGUGGAGAGUUCUACCAGGAAAGCUACCCGGCCGAUCUGGAAGGGAUGCAGCGGGAUCCAUCGAAAAUUGCCACCCUGCUGCCCUCGAAGCAAACUAGAAAUGCCACUACUCGGCGGGUGCGUCCAUCCCAGCAGGAUACGAAAGGAACCCGCAGGAGGACAAGCUUUUCCACUGCAGCUCGAAGGGGAUCGCAGUAUCACGAAAUUCAAGUAGCCACACUACCUGAUCUAUCAGAAAAUCUUAUCAACGAAGAACGCACAUGGGAGGAAAUACAAGAAAUCAAGUCAAUGCCCGUUCCGAUGGCACAAAAACGCGAAAUGAAAGCACAACUUCAGAACGCCACCAAACUGCGCCUGCAAGGCUUCGAGCAGAUCAAAUGGCGGCGCCGGAAAGCGUGGCAAAGCAUUCGGGCCAAGUGGAGCGAGUAUCGUACCAAGCUGGAACUGUGGCGAAUGUCACUGAAAACCAUCGAGGGCAAUUUCGGCACCGGAGUGGUCGCCUACUUUCUCUUUCUGCGGUGGCUUAUGUUUCUGAACCUGAUCGUGUUUGGACUGAUGUCGAUGUUCAUCGUGCUGCCGCACGUUAUCAUGACGGAACCCCAGGAUGUACCCUGUGAGCAAUCGGUGGACGCAAGCUCGGUCCAAUGUUGCUCUGAGUCGUACCUAAACGCGACGCGAAAUGUGCAGUUUUCCGUGCUUGAUGUUAUACAGGGUACGGGAUUUAUGGAGAGUACGCUGUUGUUCUACGGAAUGUACACCAAUAUGAUCUAUGGGUACAGCCCAUUGGAGGACCGUCUUUCAUCGUUAGCCAUCAGAACGUUAUCGACGACGACGUCGACUACAACGUCGACGACGACAGUGGUGCCACCAAGUAGCAGCGUAAGUAGCAGCAGUAGUAGUACUAGUACUACAGAAGCUAGUACCACCGUGAUCAGUGCAGUUGCAGAGGAGAUUAGGAGUAGUAACUUCAGUAGUCUUAAUGACAGUUUUUUCGAGGCGUUCAUGAUGGAAGCAGACGAAGCUAUCGACCAAAGUACGGCUGGCGCAAGCUCUGGUACGAUUCUGUACUAUGACUUCCCCCUGGUUUACGUGAUAAUAACGGCCAUUUGCUACGUGGUCGCGUUAAUUGCGAUCAUGAAGGCUGUCGUGCGGCAGUUCAAGGAUCGCAUUGCCGAAGGCGAAGGUCUAUUCUAUCAGUACUGUAAUUUAGUCUUCGGAGGCUGGGACUUUUGCAUCCACAACGAAAAGUCCGCUGAUAUUAAACAUAAGGCACUUUAUAAUGAGAUUCGUUCGCUGCUUCACACGAAGCGUUUCGAAAAUGAGCGCAUUAAUCGCUCGCGAGAUUUUAUGGUUAAACUUAUUGCUAUACGAUUCUUCAUUAAUUUUGUAGUCGUGAUGAUACUGCUUUUAGCAGUGGUGAUUAUAUAUGUACUGUUUAAUGAGUCAAUGUCAAAGUUGGAGCCGAAUUUUCAACCGAAUCAUUUGGUGAAUUUUCCUCGUGUUCCGUCGUGGCAAACGAUCUCCUCGUUCGGAUAUUCCACCACCCUGGAGACGACAUCCACUAGCUCAACUCCUCCGUAUUACAUGAUCUCACGAGAUUCUCCCUCCUCGCCGACGAUGUCGGAUCAGAUAGAGCACAACCUGUCGGAACGGUUAGAAGUGCUCUUCUACGAGUUCCUUCCCUAUAUAGCGAUCGUAUGUAUGAAUCUUGUAGUUCCACUUUUCUUUAACUAUCUUGUUCAGUUUGAAAAGUAUUCUCCGCUGUUUGUGAUCAAAAUCUCUCUCUUCCGGACAGUUUUCCUCCGACUAUCAUCGCUGGCGGUUUUGCUGAGUCGGUUUUACUUUGUCAUCAAGUCCAAAUCGUUCCAAACAUCGGCAACGAAUGGAACGGACUUUGCGGCGAAUUAUACCAUCGAAACUAAUAGCUCACUGACUGAACAAUGCUAUGAUGCUAAUCGGGGAACACCACAAUGCUGGGAAACGUUCGUCGGUCAACAGUUUUACAAACUGUUCAUUGUUGACUUCGUCACACACUUUUUGGUGACCUUCUUCGUCAACUUUCCUCGUGCACUGUUUGCGCGGCACUCCAACAGCCGCAUUGCUAAGUUCAUUGGGGAACAAGAGUUCGAGUUGUCGAAGCAUGUUCUAGAUGUGAUCUAUUCACAAACCCUCUGUUGGCUUGGAACCUUCUACACGCCAUUUCUCCCAGCAAUAGCAGCGGUGUUGUUCUUUUUUAUGUUCUACAUCAAAAAGUUCGCCUGUCUUGUCAAUUCGAAUCCUUCCUCCAUCCUAUAUCGGGCGUCGCGUUCGAAUUCGUUAUUCAUGUCAACUCUUCUGAUUUCUUUCACCGUUGCAAUCAUCCCGGUAGUGUACGCUUGGGCCGAAAUCAUUCCCUCUCGAUCUUGUGGUCCUUUCCGAGGACUUCCUUCGGUUUGGGAUCGAGCAAUAAAUGCCUUCAUGAAGAUGCCUCUGUUCUUCCAGAAUAUCAUCUUCUACUUUGGCACGGCCUCGUUCGCAGUUCCCUGCUUUGUGAUUCUUACCUUCUUCAUCUACUACUAUUAUGCCGUAUCGGCAGCCAACCGUCACAUGGUAUCGGUUCUCAAACAUCAACUAGUUCUGGAAGGACACGAUAAGCAGUUUCUGCUGAGCCGUCUAAGUCUCUUCAUCAAGCAACAGCAGGAGUAUCAAAAACGCAUGAUGAGACAGGCAGUCGAGCAGGGAAUUCUGCCUCCGCAGGCCAACAACGUACAACAUUCGAGCACUCCUCCGGUAGCACCGCCGAAACCGGUACAACUGAAACAGGAUCAGCAGGAGCAGCAACCUCCGUUGCCUCCCCGGGCCGAUAGGGACUCGAAACCAACCAGUAGGGAUCGCGACCGGAAAGAGGCCGCCACUGGAGGAGAGGGCAAAUAAAGCGAUAGCAAAACCACUGAAGCCAAGACUACAAGAAGCAGGUCCAGCUGUUCUAAUCCGCUUGAGUUGACCACUUCUACAUGCCAACAAACCCAACCCACGCAACGGGAACGAAAUUUUGUUCACGCUGCUGGGUAGACUGUAUAGUUUGAGAUUGCAUAGUUCGUUCUACUAUCUUCCUAAGUCUAGCAAUGUCCCUAGUAAUUCUAUCAUGAGUUUUUCAUUUAUUAUGAAAGAAAAAUGGAAGAACAAAAUAUAAGCGAAAACGUGAUAUUAUAUUCCACCUCUUUGUGAGUGAACUAUGACUAAAUUAUUUAUUUAAAAAAUUAUGACAUAACCUGCAGACUACAGUCGAAUGAAUAUAAUUCCCUGGUUGCCAUCUGCUGGUACAUACAAUGAGCGAAUGAGCGCAGUUCAAUGUUAGUAAAAUUUUUAGAGGUAAGUCAAAAAGUAACGUUUUAUGAAAAUGCUAGCUAAUUUAAAAACGCAAAUGGAUGAAAUUACAAAAUGAUGAAAGUCAAGCGACAACGUCUGUUUUAAAAAUUCAAUUUCAGUAGAACUAUAACCUGUAGAUUAGCAGCAGCAACAAUUAUCGAUAAUCAAUUAUUUCAAUAUGACUAUAAUUUUGUUUGCAGUGCUUGAACAAACCACAACAAAGGAUGACUUAUUAAAGGAAAAAUUUUAUACAUAAAAUAAAAAAUACAGAAAAGAGACUGCCAUUUUGUGCUAGUUGUAAACUAAUUGAAACCCGAACAAAUUACAGUGCUAAUACAAAUUUAGAGAGAAAAACCACAUUAUGAAAGCGACAAACAAACGAACAAACAAAAUAAAACAAAGCAAGUGUAAAUAUAAACAAUAAUCUCUAUCCGUCAGUAAACGAUCAUCACAAGUAGAAAGUCUGUCAUUUUGUAUUCAAUACCUAUCGUAUCGGAUGCUUUCAUCUUAUUCAAGCGUCAGUCAGUCAAAGUGUAAAAUGGUAGAAGUUUACGCAAAAGAAAAACUUGCAUUUGUAAAAAAAAAAUCAGCUCCACAACAUAAUUAUCAAGCUUCGUAGUGUUUUCCAUUCAGCGCAGACGCGCAAAGCGCUGCUAUUCAUCGUAAUGCUUAAGAAAACUAUUUGCACCACAACAAUAUGUUUGUUCAAACCAAUCAUCAUCACACAACUAUAUACAGCCGUGUUCGAACUCCACCAAAGGGGGUGAAUAAAACGUAAAAAUUAUACGUAAUAAAAACACAACAACAAUUUAGCAACUGCCAUAUUUGGUGCAGCUCGAAUGUGGCCGAACGGAAUAGGAUUUCACCAUCUGUGUAAACUGAGUGGAACUGUGUAAACUGUACGCAUAUUCAACCGAGAAAGAAUAAAAACCACAUUGAUUCAAUUUGUGUAAUUUCUAUUUGUAUACAUACCAUACAAAUCGAACAAACGCGAAAAAAAAUUAUGAA